CUCCAUAGUGUUGGACAGAGCAAGCUGACAGCUAUCCGAGCAGCUGUUUUAGAGGCUAACUCGGGAUAAUCAAAACCAUUACAAGGAAAUCAUCAACAGUAGACAGUUGGAUUCAAAGUAAACUUUCGCAACGUUACGAAAUUGCUAGCUUGCUUCGUGUACACAGCUUUUCGCUAGCUAGCGCGAAUCAGCUAACACAUCUCGUCGAAACCGUCAAAUAACUUGUUAGCGUAGCUAGGCAUUUUUAGCUUUUGUUGUAAAGGUGGGACUUUACAAUGGGAUCCAGAGCAUCGACAUUACUGAGAGAGGAGGAGAUCGAAGAAAUCAAAAAGGAGACUGGCUGUGAGUUGAGUUCUCCACUUUUACCAAAGCUGUUCGCUAGCUAGCCAACGUAGUGAUUACUAAGUAGCUGUAUUGGCUCAGUCAGUACUGUCUCUCUCUCUCUCACCAUCUCUCUCUCUCUGUGUGUGUGUGUACAUUGUAGUCAGUCUGUAACCAACUAACAGUUAAUGACAAACUCUCACUCUCCUGUAAUAUCAAAGCACUUUGUUAUUUCACAUAAGUAACUACACUCUAUACACAGCCGUACAUGGACACCCCUUCAAAUUAGUGGAUUCGGCUAUUUCAGCCUCACCCGUUGCUGAAAGGUGUAUAAAAUCGAGCACACAGCCAUGCAAUCUCCAUAGACAAACAUUGGCAGUAGAAUGGCCUUACUGAAGAGCUCAGUGACUUUGAACGUGGCAAUCGUCAUAGGAUGACACAUUUCGUCAAAUUGCUGCCCUGCUAGAGCUGCCCAGGUCAACUUUAAGUGCUGUUAUUGUGAAGUGGAAACGUCUAGGAGGAGCACCGGCUCAGCCACGAAGUGGUAGGCCACACCAGCUCACAGAACGGGACUGCCAGAGUGCUGAAGCACAUAGCCCGUAAAAAUCGUCUGUCCUCAGUUGCAACACUCACUACCGAGCAAAGUCAGCACAAUAACUGUUCGUCGGGAGCUUCAUGAAAUGGGUUUCCAUGGCGAGCAGCAGCACACAAGCCUAAGAUCACCUUGCAGUGCCAAGCUUUGGCUGGAGUGGUGUGUGUGUGUAUAUAUAUAUAUAUAUAUAUAUAUAUAUAGUGUAGCUAGUUGACUCAAUGGCGCUGGAGGGGAUGGCUGCCGUUUUAUGGACUCUUAACCAACCGUGCUAUUUUUUUUCACAUUGUUUGUAACUUAUUUUGUACAUAAUGUUGCUGCUACCGUCUCUUAUGACCGAAAAGAGCUUCUGGACAUCAGAACAGCGAUUACUCACCUUGAACUGAACAAAAAAAAAUGAUUUAAUGAGUCGGACGAGAGGGAUUUGCUCCAGACACCCAACAGGGCCCUCAUCCCCGUCAUUCGCAGUAGAAAGAAAAUGAGAUAUCGCGGAAGGAGAUCGGGGUGCCUGGUAAGGAGCCGGUGACGAGUGGCUAAUCUGCCUUUGCCAUCGAUACUAUUGGCCAACUUACAAUCGCUUGAUAAUAAAGUGGACGAACUACAAGCACAUAUAUCCUACCAACGGGACAUUAAAAAUGGUAAUAUCUUAUGUUUCACCGAGUCGUGGCUGAACGAAGACAUGAAUAACAUACAGCUGGCGGGUUAUACACUGUAUCGGCAGGAUAGAACAGCAGCCUCUGGUAAGACACAAGGGGUGGCGGUCUAUGUAUAUUUGUAAACAACAACUGGUGCACGAUAUCUAAGGAAGUCUCGAGGUUUUGCUCGCCUGAGGUAGAGUUUCUCAUGAUAAGCUGUAGACCACACUAUCUACCAAGAGAGUUUUCAUCUAUAUUCUUCGUAGCUGUCUAUUUACCACCACAAACCGAUGCUGGCACUAAGACCGCACUCAAUGAACUGUAUACGGCCAUAAGAAAACGCUCAUCCAGAGGCAGCGCUCCUAGUGGCCGGGGACUUUAAUGCAGGGAAACUUAAAUCCGUUCUACCUAAUUUCUACCAGCAUGUUAAAUGUGUAACCAGAGGGGGAAAAAACUCUAGACCACCUUUACUCCACACACAGAGACGCGUACAAAGCUCUCCCUCGCCCUCCAUUUGGCAAAUCUGACCAUAACUCUAUCCUCCUGAUUCCUGCUUAUAAGCAAAAACUAAAGCAGGAAGCACCAGUGACUCGGUCAAUAAAGAAGUGGUCAGAUGACGCAGAUGCUACGCUACAGGACUGUUUUGCUAGCACAGACUGGAACAUGUUCCGGGAUUCUUCAGAUAGCAUUGAGGAGUACACCACAUCAGUCACUGGCUUCAUCAAUAAGUGCAUCGAUGACGUCGUCCCCACAGUGACUGUACGUACAUACCCCAACCAGAAGCCAAGGAUUACAGGGCUAAAGGGUAGAGCUGCCGCUUUCAAGGAUCGGGAAUCUAACCCGGAAGCUUAUAAGAAAUCCCGCAAUGCCCUCCGACGAACCAUCAAACAGGCAAAGCGUCAAUACAGGACUAAGAUUGAAUCGUACUACACCGGCUCCGAUGCUCGUCGGAUUUGGCAGGGCUUGAAAACUAUUACAGACUACGAAUGGAAGCACAGCCGCGAGCUGCCCAGUGACACAAGCCUACCAGACGAGCUACGUACCUUCUAUGAUCGCUUCGAGGCAAGUAACACGGAAACAUGCAUGAGAGCACCAGCUGUUCCGGACGACUGUGUGAUCACGCUCUCCGUAGCCGAUGUGAGUAAGACCUUUAAACAGGUCAACAUUCACAAGGCCGCAGGGCCAGACGGAUUACCAGGACGUGUACUCCGAGCAUGCGCUGACCAACUGGCAAGUGUCUUCACUGACAUUUUCAACCUCUCCCUGUCUGAGUCUGUAAUACCAACAUGUUUCAAUCAGACCACCAUAGUCCCUGUGCCCAAGAACACUAAGGUAACCAGCCUAAAUGACUACCGACCCAUAGCACUCACGUCUGUAGCCAUGAAGAGCUUUGAAAGGCUGGUCAUGGCUCACAUCAACACCAUUAUCCCAGAAACCCUAGACCCACUCCAAUUUGCAUACCGCCCCAACCCCAACAGAUCCACAGAUGAUGCAAUCGCUAUUGUGCUCCACACAGCCCUUUCACACCUGGACAAAAGGAGCACCUAUGGGAGAAUGCUAUUCAUUGACUACAGCUUAGCGUUCCAGAGGACCGAGCACGCCCCCAUUCUCAUCGACAGGGCUGUAGUGGAGCAGGUUGAGAGCUUCAAGUUCCUUGGUGUCCACAUCAACAACAAACUAUCAUGGUCCAAACACACCAAGACAGUCGUGAAGAGGGUACGACAAAACCUAUUCCCCCUAAGGAGACUGAAAAGAUUUGGCGUGGGUCGUCAGAUCCACAAAAGGUUCUACAGCUGCACCAUCGAGAGCAUCCUGACUGGUUGCAUCACUGCCUGGUAUGGCAACUACUCGGCCUCCGACAGCAAGGCGUACGGCCCAGUACAUCACUGGGGCCAAGCUUCCUUCCUGCCAGGACCUCUAUACCAGGCGGUGUCAGAGGAAGGCCCUAAAAAUUGUCAAAGACAAGCGGUACCGGAGCGCCAAGUCUAGGUCCAAGAGGCUUCUAAACAGCUUCUACCCCCAAGCCAUAAGACUCCUGAACAUCUAAUCAAAUGGCUACCCGGACUAUUUGCAUUGGAAUAAUGGUCUGGGGCUGUUUUUCGUGGUUCGGGCUAGUUCCAGUGAAGGGAAAUCUUAACACUACAGCAUACAAUGACUUUCUAGAAGGUUCUGUGCAGCCAACUUUGUGGCAACAGUUUUGGGAAGGCCCUUUCCUGUUUCAGUGCCCCACCUCACUAAUGCUCUUGUGGCUAAAUGGAAACAAGUCCCCGCAACAUCUAGUGGAAAGCCUUCUCAGAAGAGUGGAGGCUGUUAUAGCAGCAAAGGGGGGACCAACUCCAUAUUAAUGCCCAUGAUAGUCCAGUGGAUCACAACAAUGAAACAAACUACUGACAACGUAUGGACAAGCAUUGUAGAAAAAGGGACUAAAUAUCAAUCUCCUACUCCUUUACAUGAUUGUAGUCCUGUGUAGAAAUUAUGUCGUACAUUGAGACCUGAAGCAUUUAAAAGCAUGAUCCCAACAAUCCUGUCACUAACACUAACUUUGUGUUUCUUUGCAGUUUCCCACAGCCAGAUCACCCGGCUCUACAGUCGCUUUACCAGCUUGGACAAAGGAGAGAACGGCACGCUCAGGUACAGACAGCAGCACCAUCAUGCACUGCCACAGGUGCACAAACAACAAGCUUGAUGAAGCACUCGGACUUACAGCCGAACACUCAAGGACUGUCAUAGCCAUGACACAAUAGGCCUACAUAGGGGAAUUUUUAUUUUUUAUUUAUUUAUUUUAUUUAACCUUUAUUUAACCAGGUAGGGGAAUUUAUAACGUCCUCUGACUCUCUGUGGGAGGGGAGGCAUUAGUGAUGGAGGAAAAAUUGAUAGUUACAUAUAGCAAUAUUAUUUUUGGACGAUAUGAAAUCGAUAUCCGUGAAAAAAUAAAAUAAUAUAUUUUGCAACUGUAGGUAGCAUUAGCCGGCUGUACCUGUGCCAAAACUAUGGGAUUUUUCAUCCUAUAGCUUGUUCUCCAUCUUCUUUUUAAAUAGUGAGACAACAUGUUUUCAGCACUUUAUUUCCAUGACUGAUCAAAACUCAUUUUCUUAUGCUCUCUGUCGUCUCUCUGCAGCAGACAUAGUGAGCAAUAUGUUUGGAACAUCAAAUCACAGUAUCGAAUCGCAAAUACAUAUAGAAUCUCGAGAAUCGCAAUACCUAUCGUAUCAGCACCUAAGUAUCGUGAUAAUAUCGUAUGGUGAGGUCCCUGGCAAUUCCCAGCCCUAGGAGGCAUUGUAAGUGAUUUACAAUUGAUUGAAAUGAGAGCUGAUGGUGUUUGUCCAAUGGAAAUAGUUGAUUUCUGCCAAUAGCUGCUGUUCUAUCCAUUCUAUUUGUUAUGGAAUGUAAUAAUAAUAUAAUAUGCCAUUUAGCAGACGCUUUUAUCCAAAGCGACUUACAGUCAUGCGUGCAUACAUUUUUUGUGUAUGGGGGUGGUCCCGGGGAUCGAACCCACUACCUUGGCGUUACAAGCGCUGUGCUCUACCAGCUGAGCUACAGAGGACCACAGCGAAGAGUGUAUUGAGGAUACGAGACGUCUGUAAGAGAUUUACUUGACUCUGUUCGUGAUUGCCCUUCGUCCCCACAUUUACGUCUCUAUGACCGUCAGAGCCAACUUGAGAAUGUGCAUAAGGACACAGUGUGGUUCCAUGCCAGUGAAUAUCGCUUAGAGACACGUGACCGUUUCCCUUUACUUAGAAGUGGCCAUGCAAGUACAGGAUGUUCUGAGCUGAUGUCAUGUUGGAAGUUGAGUGCAUAUUUGAAGUGUGUAGCCUCAUCCUCUGGUCUGUGCACACACGACUCCUUUGGACAAGAGGCUUCACUCUUGGCUCAGGCGUUGCCCGCAGUUCCCUAAUACCCAUACUAGUGGUGUGUUUGUCACUGGGUAAACUAAUGUUUUAGAAGAACCAGAUUGUUAUGACUCGAGUCUGACAACUGACAAGCCUGUUUCCAGUAUGAACAGCAGGAGUUGCGUGCCACAGACCGCACCACGUAGACAUGUCCUUUAUUUCCACAUCUAGUGCAUGUGAGUGACGGAAAACAAAAUGCUACGUUGCAAACAGACAUGGAAGACGGUGUGAUUGACCUCCGAGUUCUCAAUGCGCUCUGUCCUUCAGAGGAAAAACAGUCACUUUUUUUAAUCCCAUCACGGUUUUUAUCUCUGAGUGGCUUGGGCUCAGAGUUUUCACCCACUAUGCAGAAAGAAACCUCCUAGAUUCCAGCCACACAUUGACCCCAUUUAUCCAGUCUGUCUUUGAAAUGAUGUUACUACAGACUAUUAAGCUGGGUGGGGGUCAUUAACCAGAUAUAAUACUGAAAUGGAACCGCACCACUUUGUCUGUUUACACAUAACAAAUGUGGGUUCUCUGUGUCCUCUCAAUGAAUCACCCAGUCUGUAUUGGGGUAUACAUUUGGGCUAGCAUCCAGUCUGUAUUGGGGUAUACAGUGGAGCUAGCAUCCAGUCUGUAUUGGGGUAUACAGUGGAGCUAGCAUCCAGUCUGUAUUGGGGUAUACGGUGGAGCUAGCAUCCAGUCUGUAUUGGGAUAUACAGUGGAGCUAGCAUCCAGUCUGUACUGGGAUAUACAGUGGAGCUAGCAUCCAGUCUGUAUUGGGGUAUACAGUGGAGCUAGCAUCCAGUCUGUACUGGGGUAUACGGUGGAGCUAGCAUCCAGUCUGUAUUGGGGUAUACAGUGGAGCUAGCAUCCAGUCUGUACUGGGAUAUACAGUGGAGCUAGCAUCCAGUCUGUACUGGGAUAUACAGUGGAGCUAGCAUCCAGUCUGUAUUGGGGUAUACAGUUGGGCUAGCAUCCAGUCUGUAUUGGGGUAUACAGUGGAGCUAGCAUCCAGUCUGUAUUGGGGUAUACAGUGGAGCUAGCAUCCAGUCUGUAUUGGGAUAUACAGUGGAGCUAGCAUCCAGUCUGUACUGGGAUAUACGGUGGAGCUAGCAUCCAGUCUGUACUGGGAUAUACGGUGGAGCUAGCAUCCAGUCUGUACUGGGAUAUACAGUGGAGCUAGCAUCCAGUCUGUACUGGGAUAUACAGUGGAGCUAGCAUCCAGUCUGUAUUGGGGUAUACAGUGGAGCUAGCAUCCAGUCUGUAUUGGGGUAUACAGUUGGGCUAGCAUCCAGUCUGUACUGGGGUAUACGGUGGAGCUAGCAUCCAGUCUGUACUGGGGUAUACGGUGGAGCUAGCAUCCAGUCUGUACUGGGAUAUACGGUGGAGCUAGCAUCCAGUCUGUAUUGGGGUAUACAGUGGAGCUAGCAUCCAGUCUGUAUUGGGGUAUACAGUUGGGCUAGCAUCCAGUCUGUAUUGGGGUAUACAGUGGAGCUAGCAUCCAGUCUGUAUUGGGGUAUACAGUGGAGCUAGCAUCCAGUCUGUAUUGGGGUAUACAGUGGGGCUAGCAUCCAGUCUGUAUUGGGGUAUACAGUGGGGCUAGCAUCCAGUCUGUAUUGGGGUAUACAGUGGAGCUAGCAUCCAGUCUGUAUUGGGGUAUACAGUGGGGCUAGCAUCCAGUCUGUACUUGGAUAUACAGUGGAGCUAGCAUCCAGUCUGUAUUGGGGUAUACAGUGGAGCUAGCAUCCAGUCUGUAUUGGGGUAUACAGUGGGGCUAGCAUCCAGUCUGUAUUGGGGUAUACAGUGGAGCUAGCAUCCAGUCUGUAUUGGGGUAUACAGUGGAGCUAGCAUCCAGUCUGUAUUGGUGUUUACAGUGGGGCUAGCAUCCAGUCUGUACUGGGAUAUACAGUGGAGCUAGCAUCCAGUCUGUAUUGGGGUAUACAGUGGAGCUAGCAUCCAGUCUGUAUUGGGAUAUACAGUGGAGCUAGCAUCCAGUCUGUACUGGGGUAUACAGUGGAGCUAGCAUCCAGUCUGCAUUGGGGUAUACAGUGGAGCUAGCAUCCAGUCUGUAUUGGUGUAUACAGUGGAGCUAGCAUCCAGUCUGUAUUGGGGUAUACAGUGGAGCUAGCAUCCAGUCUGUAUUGGGGUAUACAGUGGGGCUAGCAUCCAGUCUGUACUGGGAUAUACAGUGGAGCUAGCAUCCAGUCUGUAUUGGUGUAUACAGUGGAGCUAGCAUCCAGUCUGUAUUGGUGUAUACAGUGGAGCUAGCAUCCAGUCUGUACUGGGGUAUACAGUGGAGCUAGCAUCCAGUCUGCAUUGGGGUAUACAGUGGAGCUAGCAUCCAGUCUGUAUUGGUGUAUACAGUGGAGCUAGCAUCCAGUCUGUAUUGGUGUAUACAGUGGAGCUAGCAUCCAGUCUGUACUGGGGUAUACAGUGGAGCUAGCAUCCAGUCUGCAUUGGGGUAUACAGUGGAGCUAGCAUCCAGUCUGUAUUGGGGUAUACAGUGCUAUGAAAAAGUAUUUGCCCCCUUCCUGAUUUUCUCUACUUUUGCAUAUUUGUGAUACUGAAUGUUAUCAGAUCUUCAACCAAAACCUAAUAUUAGAUAAAGGGAACAUAAGUGGACAAAUAACACAACAAUUACAUGUUUAUUUCAUAAACAAAGUUAUGCAACACCCAAUUCCUGGACCUGAGGCAGCAAAGCAUCCCCAAACCAUCACACCACCACCACCAUGCUUGACUACUGUGGAAUGCAGAGUUUGGUUUUCGCCAGGCAUUACUGGAACCAUGUCGUCCAAAAAGUUAUACUUUUGAAUCAUCUGUCCAUAGAACGUUCUUCCAAGAGUCUUGAUGAUCAUCCAGGUGCUUUUUGGCAACUUGAGUCAACCUUUUGGACGGGUCCCAUUAUGCCUGGCGAAAACCAAACUGCAUUCCACAGUAAGAACAUCAUACCAAAGGUCAAGCAUGGUGGUGGUGGUGUGAUGGUUUGGGGAUGCUUUGCUGCCUCAGGACCUGGACGACUUGCCUUAAUAGAAGGAACCAUGAAUUCUGCUCUGUAUCAGAGAAUUCUACAGGAGAAUGUCAGACCAUCCGUCUGUGAGCUGAAGCUGAAGCGCAGCUGGGUCAUGCAGCAAGACAAUGAUCCAAAACACACAAUCAAGUCGACAUGAAAAUUGCUAAAAAGCAACAAAUUGGAAGUUUUGGAAUGGCCUAGUCAAAGUCCAGACCUAACCCCAAUUGAGAUGUUGUGGCAGGACUUGAAACAAGCAGUUCAUGCUUGAAAACCCACACGUCACUGAGUUAAAGCAGUUCUGCAUGGAAGAGUGGGCCAAAAUUCCUCCACAGCGACGUGAGAGACUGAUCAACAACUACAGGAAGCAUUUGGUUGGAGUCAUUGCAGCUAAAGGUGGCACAACCAGUUAUUGAGUGUAAGGGGGCAAUUACUUUUUCACACAGGGGAAUUGGGUGUUGCAUAACUUUGUUUAUGAAAUAAAUGAAAUAAAUAUGUAAUUGUUGUGUUUUUGUCCACUUAUGUUCCCUUUAUCUAAUAUUAGGUUUUGGUUGAAGAUCUGAUAACAUUCAGUAUCACAAAUACGCAAAAGUACAGAAAAUUAGAAAGGGGGCAAAUAUUUUUUCAUAGCACUGUACAGUGGGGCUGGGCCUGAUUUUUAAAGCUGGUCUGGUGAAUCCAAGGUGACUUGUCUUAGUCAUUAAUCAGUUGCCACAACACUACAGCCAUGUCAGGUAUACAAUGGAGCUAACAUCCAGUCUGUAUUGGGGUAUACAGUUGGGCUAGCAUCCAGUCUGUAUUGGGGUAUACAGUGGAGCUAGCAUCCAGUCUGUACUGGGAUAUACAGUGGGGCUAGCAUCCAGUCUGUACUGGGGUAUACAGUGGAGCUAGCAUCCAGUCUGUAUUGGGGUAUACAGUGGAGCUAGCAUCCAGUCUGUAUUAGGGUAUACAGUGGGGCUAGCAUCCAGUCUGCAUUGGGGUAUACAGUGGAGCUAGCAUCCAGUCUGUAUUGGUGUAUACAGUGGGGCUAGCAUCCAGUCUGUACUGGGAUAUACAGUGGAGCUAGCAUCCAGUCUGUAUUGGGGUAUACAGUGGAGCUAGCAUCCAGUCUGUACUGGGGUAUACAGUGGAGCUAGCAUCCAGUCUGUACUGGGGUAUACAGUGGAGCUAGCAUCCAGUCUGCAUUGGGGUAUACAGUGGAGCUGGGCCUAACUAAAGCCGUUCUGGUGAAUCGAAGGUGAGUUGUUGCCACAACACUACAGCCACGUCCACUCCCCUGGACUUAAUAUCUUAGCCAGAUAUCUAUAAUUACAAUAAGACAUUACCCAGAGUGACAUACUGUAUCAUAUACUUUCAAGAAGACAUUACCCAGAAUGCUCGAUCAUAUAAUUUCAACAAGGCAUUACCCAGUGUCAUGGCAUAUCAUUUCAAAAAGACAUUACCCAGAGUGUCAUAAUCAUUUCAACAAGAAAUUACCCAGUGUGUCAUAUCUAAACAUUUCAACAAGACAUUACCCAGUGUCAUAUAUCAACAAGACAUUACGCAGUGUCAUAUUAUUUCAACAAGACAUUACGCAGAGUGUCAUAUUAUAUCAUUUCAACAAGACAUUAUCCAGAGUGUCAUAUCAUUUCAACAAGACAUUACGCAGUGUCAUAUUAUAUCAUUUCAACAAGACAUUAUCCAGAGUGUCAUGGCAUAUCAUUUUAACAAUACAUUACCCAGAGUGUCAUAUCAUUUCAACAAGACAUUACCCAGAGUGCCAUAUCAUUUCAGCAAGACGUGACACUCUGGGUAAUAUUAAUCAUUAUUUCAACAAGACAUUACGCAGAGUGUCAUAUCAUUUCAACAAGACAUUAUCCAGUGUCAUAUCAUUUCAACAAGACAUUACCCAGUGUCAUAUCAUUUCAACAAGACAUUACCCAGUGUCAUAUCAUUUCAACAAGACAUUACCCAGUGUCACAUAAUUAUUUCAACAAGACAUUACCCAGGGUCACAUCAUUAUUUCAACAAGACAUUACCCGGUGUCAUAUCAUUUCAACAAGACAUUACCCAUGUGUCAUAUCAAAUCAUUUCAACAAGACAUUAUCCAGUGUCAUAUCAUUUCAACAAGACAUUAUCCAGUGUCAUAUCAUUUCAACAAGACAUUACCCAUGUGUCAUAUCAAAUCAUUUCAACAAGACAUUAUCCAGUGUCAUAUCAUUUCAACAAUACAUUACCCAUGUGUCAUAUCAAAUCAUUUCAACAAGACAUUAUCCAGUGUCAUAUCAUUUCAACAAGACAUUACCCAUGUGUCAUAUCAAAUCAUUUCAACAAGACAUUAUCCAGUGUCAUAUAAUUUCAACAAGACAUUACCCAGAGUGUCACAUCAUUAUUUCAACGACAUUACGCAGUGUCAUAUCAUUUCAACAAGACAUUACCCAGUGUCAUAUCAUUUCAACAAGACAUUACCCAUGUGUCAUAUCAUUUCAACAAUACAUUAUCCAGUGUCAUAUCAUUUCAACAAGACAUUACCCAGAGUGAAAUAUCAUAUAAUUUCAACAAGACAUUACCCAGUAUCAUAUCAUUUCAACAAGACAUUACCCAGAGUGUCACAUCAUUAUUUCAACGACAUUACGCAGUGUCAUAUCAUUUCAACAAGACAUUAUCCAGUGUCAUAUCAUUUCAACAAGACAUUACCCAGAGUGAAAUAUCAUAUCAUUUCAACAAUACAUUACCCAGUGUCAUGUCAUAUCAUUUCAACAAGACAUUACCCAGUAUCAUAUCAUUUCAACAAGACAUUACCCAGUAUCAUAUCAUUUCAACAAGACAUAUCUGUCCACUUAUCUGCUGAUUUGUGGUCCAUAGUGUGUGAUUGGAAGUGGGGUCAAACUCAUAGGCUGCGUUUAGACAGGCAGCCCAAUUCUGAUAUUUGUUUCACUAAUUGGUCUUUUGACCAAUCAGAUCAUAUAUUUUGUGAUUGGUCAAAAGACCAAUUAGUGGAAAAUAUAGAUCAGAAUUGGGCUGGCUGUGUGAAUGCAGCCUUGGAAAAUAUAGUUCAAAGUUCCCUUUUGUUGUCAUUGAGUAAAUCCUAACUCUCCUCCCCUCUCCUCACCUCACCCCUCCUCUCCUCACCCUGUGUUGUUUAUGUAGUCGUGAAGAUUUCCAGCGGAUCCCAGAGUUGGCCAUCAACCCUCUGGGAGACAGAAUCAUUAAUGCCUUCUUUCCUGAGGGGUGAGUAGUCUGUGUCCUUCACUGAUUUCCUCAAAGAUGCACAUAGCUUUGACUUGAGUCAAUCUCACCACAACAACAAACCAUUUAGUAAUGUACAUUAAACAUACAGUAAACAUUCCUUUGUUUGAGUCUUCAUGAAUAAUGUGUGUAUAUUGUAAUGCAUUUUCAAAAGUUUAAGUGUGUAUGACUGGUUGUGGUGAUCUUUGAAAUUCACAUGAAAGUUGCAUGUUUUUAGACAACAUGCCUUGGAUAGACCGAUAUCAUUAACAUCUAGACCUAUAUCAUUAACAUCUAGACCUAUAUCAUUAACAUCCCAAAACGACCAGGCGACUUAACUUUAGCUGUGGCUUAUAAUAGUUUAAUUAAUUAAUUAAUUUGACUGCAGUCAAAUUCCACGUGACCGUUGAGUCACGGUAACUAGACUUCUCCAAAAUGUACAUUUUAGUCAUUUUAGCAGACGCUCUUAUCCAGAGCGACUUACAGUUAAGUGAGUGCAUACAUUUUUUUUCUAUAUAUAUAUAUUUUUUCAUACUGGCCCCCCAUGGGACUCAAACCCACAACCCUGGCGUUGCAAACGCCAUGCUCUACCAACUGAGCUACAUCCCUGCCGGCCAUUCCCUCCCCUACCCUGGACGACGCUGGGCCAAUUGUGCGCCGCCCCAUGGGUCUCCCGGUCGCGGCCGGCUACGACAGAGCCUGGAUUCGAACCAGGAUCUCUAGUGGCACAGCUAGCACUGCGAUGCAGUGCCUUAGACCACUGCGCCACUCGGGAGAAAAUUGCGCUCUGAUGCCACCAAUGGUCAUUAGUAGCCUACCAAACUUGCUAACUGCCUGGUACUCAGCACUCUAUUGUCCCUCUAAUCACUCUGACAUCAAUGCAAAUGUAUCUAAAUUCUAAUCAAACACUUCAUGAGAGCCCCGGCAUUCAGAGCAGAAUAGGAUCACCUGUUGUGCAGCGAGAGCCAGCUCCUCAUAGCUGGUUGAUGCAUGGAAUGAAAUGUGUUCCUCUAAGCCCAUGUUGCGUAACAUUUCUAUAGGCUAUGCUAUGCAAUUGCGUGAGAAAACAGAGUUUUGAUGGCCUCUAUUAAAAAGAGGAUCCCAUCAGCUUUCUAGAAGAAAGUCUACUAUAUUUAAUUCUCAACUUUCCUAAUAUUAAGCACAUUGCUUUGCGUUAUAACCAGAGGAGCCUACCUGACUGGCAUGAAAAUGAACCACAGGAAAAGCGUCCUCCAUUUGCUAUUCAAGUGUAUAUGGAUGACAUGUCUUUUUUUCCCCCUGGCUCUCUACACUGAGUGUACAAAACAUUAAGAACACCUUCCUAAUAUUGAGUUGCAUCCCCCCCUCAGAACAGCCUAAAUAUGUUGGGGCAUGGACUCUACAAGGUGUCAAGCAUUCCACAGGGAUGCUGGCCCAUGUUGACUCCAAUGCUUCCCACAGGUGUGUCAAGUUGUCUGGAAGUCCUUUGGGUGAUGGACCAUUCUUGAUACACACGGGAAACUGUUGAGCAUGGAAAAACCCAGCAGCGUUGCAGUUCUUGACACAAACCGGUGCGCCUGGCACCUACUACCGUACCCCGUUCAAAGGCACUUAAAUCUUUUGUCUUGCCCGUUCACCCUCUGAAUGGCACACAUACACAAUCCAUGUCUCAAUUGUCUCAAGGUUUAAAAAUCCUCCUUUUAACCCCGUCUCCUCUUAAAUGUAGAUGUUCCAAAGGUCCGCAUCAGUGGCUAUGCGUGGAAGCCAGGAGAUGCUCAAAUGUUUGUUAAUGAACGGUAAAUUACCGUGAGACCGGCAGUUAUUUGCAUUACAGUUACCGGCUGAGGGAAAACAUGUAAUGGCCGCCACAGCCCUAGUCAUGUGGGCCGCAAUGAAUGGCCCGAUUUCUAAGAAGGGUAGCAUCGGUCUAAGGUGUUCUGACCUCAAGUCAUGACCACUCAUGUGAAUUACUGUUUUUGCUGUAUGCCUAUUCAGCAAAUUAUACAGCUAAACGUUCAUAGAAAAUCCCACCCCCUAGGCCUAUAUAUCUCCUCUGUGAGUUCGAUGGAUGAUGUAAUUGUUGUUGUUGUCCCACCUGUGGGUUUUUUUUCUUCUCAGGGAGGACCAAGUUAACUUCAGGGGCUUCAUGAGGACGCUGGCUCACUUCCGUCCCAUAGAAGACAAUGAGAAGAACAAGGAUCCCACCGCCUCUGAACCUCUCAACAGCAGGACCAACAAGCUGCUCUGUAAGCCUAGCCAGAGGGUGGCUCCUAGCCUGAGACUCCUUGUCACUCAUCAUUUAUUGUCAAGACGGCACAAACAGAUCUCUGACCCAGGCCAGAUCUGUUGACAAUUUCCUAUAGAAUACUAUAUACCAACAGGUUGUUGGUUAACUGUACUAUAGGAUACUAUAUACCAACAGGUUGUUGGUUAACUGUACUAUAGAAUACUAUAUACCAACAGGUUGUUGGUUAACUGUACUAUAGAAUACUAUAUACCAACAGGUUGUUGGUUAACAGUACUAUAGAAUACUAUAUACCAACAGGUUGUUGGUUAACUGUACUAUAGAAUACUAUAUACCAACAGGUUGUUGGUUAACUGUACUAUAGAAUACUAUAUACCAACAGGUUGUUGGUUAACUGUACUAUAGAAUACUGUCGUGUCGCGUCUGUUGUUGGUGGCUAUUGCUGUCAACAAAGAGUCUGCUUAGGCUGCACUGUGAUUAGAGGCUUUUAUUAAUAUCACACGUUUACAGCAUAAGUUACAGGUGACAUGCCCACCCGGAGAGCGACGCCUCAGAUUGCAAUGGCCGCUCUGCCCUCUCUUUGUCUAGCCCCUACUUAUAAACAAUGCAAAAAGAUGGGUGCUCCCUCUUCUGGCCAAUCACCAGUCUCCCCUGGGGCGUCAUACUAAAACAUUCCCUCUUGAUACUAAAAUCAACGUCCUCUCCGGUUCCACUUAAAACAUUAACAACGUCAUAAUCUUCAUAUACGAUAAUACUAUAUACCAACAGGUUGUUGGUUAACUGUACUAUAGAAUACUAUAUACCAACAGGUUGUUGGUUAACUGUACUAUAGGAUACUAUAUACCAACAGGUUGUUGGUUAACUGUACUAUAGAAUAUUAUAUACCAACUGGUUGUUGGUUAACUGUACUAUAGAAUACUAUAUACCAACAGGUUGUUGGUUAACUGUACUAUAGAAUACUAUAUACCAACAGGUUGUUGGUUAACUGUACUAUAGAAUACUAUAUACCAACAGGUAUUGGGUAACUGUACUAUAGAAUACUAUAUACCAACAGGUUUGUUGGUUAACUGUACUAUAGAAUACUAUAUACCAACAAGGUUGUUGGUUAACUGUACUAUAGAAUACUAUAUACCAACAAGUUGUUGGUUAACUGUACUAUAGAAUACUAUAUACCAACAAGGUUGUUGGUUAACUGUACUAUAGAAUACUAUAUACCAACAGGUUGUUGGUUAACUGUACUAUAGAAUACUAUAUACCAACAAGGUUGUUGGUUAACUGUACUAUAGAAUACUAUAUACCAACAGGUUGUUGGUUUAACUGUACUAUAGAAUACUAUAUACCAACAGGUUGUUGGUUAACUGUACUAUAGAAUACAAUACCAACAGGUUGUUGGUUAACUGUACUAUAGAAUAUAUAUACCAACAGGUUGUUGGUUAACUGUACUAUAGAAUACUAUAUACCCAACAGGUUGUUGGUUAACUGUACUAUAGAAUACUAUAUACCAACAGGUUGUUGGUUAACUGUACUAUAGAAUACUAUAUACAACAGGUUGUUGGUUAACUGUACUAUAGAAUACUAUAUACCAACAGGUUGUUGGUUAACUGUACUAUAGAAUACUAUAUACCAACAGGUUGUUGGUUAACUGUACUAUAGAAUACUAUAUACCAACAGGUUGUUGGUUAACUGUACUAUAGAAUACUAUAUACCAACAGGUUGUUGGUUAACUGUACUAUAGAAUACUAUAUACCAACAGGUUGUUGGUUAACUGUACUAUAGAAUUACUAUAUACCAACAGGUUGUUGGUUAACUGUACUUAGAAUACUAUAUACCAACAGGUUGUUGGUUAACUGUACUAUAGGAUACUAUAUACCAACAGGUUAUUGGUUAACUGUACUAUAGGAUACUAUAUACAAACAGGUUGUGGUAACUGUAACUAUAGAAACUAAUACCAACAGGUGUGGUAAACUGUACUAUAGAAUACUAUAUACCAAAGGUUGUUGGUUAACUGUACGAUAAGGGAUUACUAUAUACCAACAGGUUGUUGGUUAACUGUACUAUAGAAUACUAUAUACCAACAGGUUGUUGGUUAACUGUACUAUAGAAUACUAUAUACCAACAGGUUGUUGGUUAAACUGUACUUAUAGAAUACUAUAUCCAACAGGUGUUGGUUAACUGUACUAUAGAAUACUAUAUACCAACAGGUGUUGGUUAAACUGUACUAUAGAAUACUAUAUACCAACAGGUGUUGGUUAACUGUACUAUAGAAUACUAUAUCCCAACAGGUUGUUGGUUAACUGUACUAUAGAAUACUAUAUACCAACAGGUGUUGGUUAACUGUACUAUAGAAUACUAUAUACCACCAGGUUAUUGGUUAACUGUACUAUAGAAUACUAUAUACCAACAGGUUAUUGGUUAACUGUACUAUAGAAUACUAUAUACCAACAGGUUAUUGGUUAACUGUACUAUAGAAUACUAUAUACCAACAGGUUGUUGGUUAACUGUACUAUAGAAUACUAUAUACCAACAAGGUUGUUGGUUAACUGUACUAUAGAAUACUAUAUACCAACAAGUUGUUGGUUAACUGUACUAUAGAAUACUAUAUACCAACAGGUUAUUGGUUAACUGUACUAUAGAAUACUAUAUACCAACAGGUUGUUGGUUAACUGUACUAUAGAAUACUAUAUACCAACAGGUUAUUGGUUAACUGUACUAUAGAAUACUAUAUACCAACAGGUUGUUGGUUAACUGUACUAUAGAAUACUAUAUACCAACAAGUUGUUGGUUAACUGUACUAUAGAAUACUAUAUACCAACAAGGUUGUUGGUUAACUGUACUAUAGAAUACUAUAUACCAACAGGUUGUUGGUUAACUGUACUAUAGAAUACUAUAUACCAACAGGUUGUUGGUUAACUGUACUAUAGAAUACUAUAUACCAACAGGUUGUUGGUUAACUGUACUAUAGAAUAUUAUAUACCAACUGACUCUUUUUCUUUCCUGAUCUGAUGGAUCAGGUUGCCGAGUGGCGCAGUUGUGCCACUAGAGAUCCUGGUUCGAAUCCAGGCUCUGUCGCCGCCGGCCGCGACCGGGAGACCCAUGGGUGGCGCACAAUUGGCCCAGCGUCGUCCAGGGUAGGGGAGGGAAUGGCCGGCAGGGAUGUAGCUCAGUUGGUAGAGCAUGGCGUUUGCAACGCCAGGGUUGUGGGUUCGAUUCCCAUGGGGGGCCAGUAUAAAAAUAUAUAUAUAUAUAUAUAUAUAUAUAUAUAUAUAUAUAUAUAUAUAUAUAUAUAUAUAUAUAUAUAUAUAUAUAGAAAAAAAUGUAUGCACUCACUAACUGUAAGUCGCUCUGGAUAAGAACGUCUGCUAAAUGACAAAAAUGUAAAUGUAAUAAUAGUAUUUUGAAAACUAUUAUUUGACCUCAAACCCCUUUCUCUCCUCUCCCCCCCCCCCCCCCCCCCCCCUCCCCCUCUCUCUCGUUCCCCCCCUCCCCCCUCCCCCCCUCCCCCCUCCCCCUCCCCCAUCCAGUUGCUUUCCAGCUGUAUGACCUGGACAGAGAUGAUAAGAUCUCCCGUGACGAGCUGCUACAGGUGAGAAUGGGGUCAGGGUUAAAAUUACACACACUUGUGGGUCCCCCACUAGAAAUCUUUGAUGUUUUUUGGGGAACCUUAAGUCUCUCGAUACCAGACCUCAACACCAUAUUCUCAUUCAAGAAUCAGGGCUUGACUGUUGUGGAGUAAUUAGAGUUAAGAGUGUGUGUCAGGGGGGACGCCUGGAUGAGGUAUCUGCCCCCCCCCCCCCCAUGUAAAGGAAAUGACCCGAGAGCUGAGUAACAAGGUCUUUGGCAGACACCCUUUCAGAGAAGAGCAUCGUCUUAGGUUUGUCCAUCAAGUCAUGGUGUAAUCUGAGCCUGUUGAAGUCGAUGCAGCGACGGACAAGGAGGAAAAUGUAUUUGGUCAGGAGCCCUGCUGCUCAGGAUAUACUUAUGAUGGGAAUUUCAAAGUGUUUUGCCAUUGAGAAGGAGAGGGGAAUUUACCCUGGACGGUAGACAAUGGUGUACAUUUCCAACCCCAACUAAAUGUUGUUUUGUCAUACUACAUGAGUGUCCCCAUCCUAGAUUUUGUGUGUUCCAUGUCAUUGGCUGGGCAGUGCCCUAUGAAACCUGGGGUGUUUUCACCAGGAACCAAACAGAAGAAAACGGGGAGGGACCUACAUGAAUUUGUCCAAUAAACUCUCGUUUUCGUUGCAAAACAUUUUUCUGUUUUGAAAUAAAUAAAUACUCCCCUGCUCUUCUCUGUGUGACUGGUCUGAGAUGUGACCUACAACUGCCCUCUGGGUUCAAUGACUCAGGAAAAGCUGAUCUCUUGUUUUGCAAACAACAUUGCUGCCGAACACUCUUCAUGCCAUGAACGUGCCUUUAGAGUUUACUCCCACAUUAACAUAGGAACUUCAAGCCUGAAUCAUUUUUGCACCCUUCAUGUUACCAGCAAAUUGAAGUAUUUUUUUCACUUAUACACAUUUGCCAUUUAUGUAUAGUACAUUUAGGAUGUCCUCUUGUACUUUACAACUCUGCUGUUAAGACUUGAAGAAAACUGUAAACUUUAGACCCUAGGGAACGUUGGGUCAACAUAUUCCAGGUUCUCAAAAUGAUGGUUGGUGUGAACAUGUUUAUUCCAGGUUCUCAGAAUGAUGGUUGGUGUGAACAUGUUUUAUUCCAGAUUCUUAGGAUGGUUGGUGUGAACAUGUUUUAUUCCAGGUUCUUAGGAUGAUGGUUGGUGUGAACAUGUUUUAUUCCAGGUUCUUAGGAUGAUAGUUGGUGUGAACAUGUUUUAUUCCAGGUUCUUAGGAUGAUGGUUGGUGUGAACAUCUCUGACGAGCAGCUGGGCAGCAUCGCUGAUAGGACCAUCCAGGAGGCUGACCAGAACGGAGACAACUCCAUUUCCUUUAAUGAGUUCAUCAAGGUUGGAAAA